AAACACAGCAAACCUUUUAACCGUAUUACUCAUAUACUUAAAAUGACGCAACGUUCACUCAAAAAGGAUCAUUUUAAAAUCAGCAGUGAUAACAUUGCUCACUCAGGUGCCAAACAAGCAGUUUUAGCCACACUUUGUUGGCUGUCGGUUAGAGGAAGUUGACUGGCUGAGGUACUUUUACAUGAAUCACAAGUAUGGACAGGAGAGAUCCCUAUAAAGGGACCCUUCAGACCAGGGAAAACAUGAUCCUGUCAGCAUGGAACUCACAGUUGUGAUAUUGUUGGCGAUCGCAGCACACGCUUUAGCAAAACCUCUUGUAUCUGAGGAGGAAGAUGAGGUGUUGUUAGCUAAGAAAUAUCUCAGGAGGUACUAUGGCAUGCCGGCUGGUCUCCAGAGAGCGGGAAAGUCAUCCGAUACCGAUGCCAUGUUUGAGAAGAAGAUUCGAGAGAUGCAAAAGUUCUUCAGGUUGGACGUGACCGGAAAGCUGGAUGACGAAACGGUGGAGCUCAUGGAAAUGGCACGUUGCGGGGUACCAGAUGUGGCGGAAUAUAACCACUUUCCCAGAGACCUUAAAUGGCAAACAACAAAUGUGACUUUUAGGAUACUAAACUACACUCCGGACCUUAGGAAGUCGGAUGUUGACAGAGCCGUUCGACUUGCUUUUAAUGUCUGGAGUGAUGUGACUCCAUUGAAAUUUAGGAAACUUUAUGAGGGAAACGCUGAUAUUAUGAUCAGCUUUGGAGCAAAAGAACAUGGAGACUUUAACCCAUUUGAUGGACCGGAGGGUCUUCUCGCUCAUGCUUAUCCUCCUGGAAAUGGCAUUGGUGGUGAUACACACUUUGACGAAGAUGAGACGUGGACUAAAGACGAUCAUGCAUUUAAUCUCUUCUUGGUCGCGACCCACGAAUUCGGUCACGCUCUUGGUAUGGCCCAUUCCUCUGACCCCGGGUCACUGAUGUUCCCAGUGUACUCGUAUGCCAAGGGGUACCCUCUAUCUGAAGAUGACAUUAAAGGCAUUCAGUCUCUCUAUGGUCCAAAUCCCAAACACAGAAGGGUCAAGCCAAAGCCUGACGCUCCAACCAAAUGUGACCCUGAACUGAGUUUUGAUGCCGUUACAGAGCUUCGUGGAGAGACCAUCAUUUUUAAAGACAGGUUUUAUUGGCGGCUACAUCCACAAAUGCCUGAACCCGAACAAACCCUGAUAAAAUCUACAUGGCCAGAAAUUCCAAACGAAGUAGAUGCUGCGUACGAGAACCCGGAGAAAGAUGUCGUCAUCUUAUUUAGUGGGAUCAAAAUGUGGGCUCUUAAUGGCUACAAUCUGGUUGAGGGCUAUCCAAAAUACAUUCACAAGCUCGGCCUCCCAAAGACUAUCCGGAAAAUUGAUGCCGCAGUUAACAUCAAAGACACGGGCAAGACUCUGCUCUUCACUGAUGAAGAAUACUGGAGUUAUGACGAGCUAACAGGCACCAUGGACAAGGGCUACCCACGAUCUAUCGAGACAGACUUUCCUGGAAUAGGAGAUGAAGUAGAUGCUGCUGCCUACCAUUACGGAUAUUUGUACUUCUAUCACGAUCAUUUGCAGUUUGAAUACAGUUACAACUCAAGGAAAGUCAUGCGCAUUACGAGGGCUAAUUCAAUACUCAAUUGCUAAGCUAUUAGAAUGUGGAUUUACCAUAAACUGUUAAUCACUGCUGUGAAACGUAUCAUUUAUUUUUAAAACACAAAACUGAGCUGGUAAAUCAGUAAAAAGUCUGUUUUUCUUCAUUCAUUUAUUUAUAAACCAUGAUUCUUGGAAUCAUGUUUUUGGGAUAUUUUAAUAAAUUUACUUUAUAGAAAAUAAGGUGGUGGGCUUGUUGUUGUGUAAGUGCAUGAUGCUAUUAAAGUUGUUGUUUGUUUCUGUCAUGGUUUCUGUCAUA